UGAUGUGUCCACAGUCCAGUUCAGUGCGUAAAAAGAUGAGUGGUCUCUGCAAGGGACAGGUCCAGAUCUGUGCUACCAUUAACAGAGGAGUUUGUUCUCCAGGUGAAACCUUGUCUGUUGUCGCCAAAAUCUGCAACUCCUCUUCCAGGAACACAAGGCUCAAAUUCAAACUUCAGCAGGUAACUGUGUACAGUUGCCAGGACAACACUAAUAGCAGCAAGGAAACGCUGUUCAAAAUGGUCGGAGACACUAUCCGUCCAAACUCAGAGCAAACUGCCUCCUGCCAGCUGAAAGUUCCCAGCGAUGCCAUUCCCACCCUCCAUAACUGUGAAAUCAUCUCAGUUGAAUAUUACAUAAAGGUGUAUCUGGACGUUAGUUUUGCCCUUGACCCAGAGGUGGUGUUUCCACUGGUCAUCCUUCCUUCUAAAUUUGCUCCAGCUCAGAGUCGUGAGGCUGUGGGGCCUGAGACAGUUGAGUCUCCAGUUUACAGCGAGUUCACAUCCUCUACUUUCACCACUGGAUUGGAUCCUAUACUCACAGGGUCAGGUGUUUAUCAAUACCCCACCCCAGAUCCCACUCAGCAUGCAAAUAUAACAAGUGAUUAUAACCAGUGGCCACAAGGUGCUGCUUCACAGGGUUCAGUUCCAGCUUUCAUAGCACCAUCUGUGCAACAUCCAGGCCCUACUGCUCUCCAUGGAGAAGAACCUCCACUAUAUUUGUCCAUUUACCAGCAUCAGAAUGAAUGAAUGACUGUAGAAGCUGAACUGGAUUUAUUAAGCGAAUAAGCCUUAAAUAAACUGUAAGCAAUUUCUUUAGACACUUGGAUAAUUGUUCAGACAUUUUUUCGUACUGAGAAUGUUACCUUGAAAUGAACUGAAUAUACUUUUUGGGAUUCCUAACCUGGAUAAUUGAGCAUGUGUCAAGACA